AUGGCACCUGUGGAGAAGAUCGCUAGUGUCACUGAGCAGCUGACAUCGCUCCUUUCUGCCUAUCCUGCUGCUUCAUCUGGAUGCUGGUUAUGCUCUUACUCAGAUUUACCUCAUCUGUCCACCAUCUCUGUUGUUACCGUCAAUUGUCCAUCUGCAAAUGCUGUCAAGCAAGCUAUCGGACAGAUUGUGAAUAAAAUCCUGAGCUUCUGCAAUUCCAACUCAUCGAAUCCCCCCAUGACCUGGGUUGGAGUCAUUGGAGGUGAUAGAUUUAUCGGCCAGUGUCUUCAUCAUAAAUCCUCAAGUAAUUGGUUGCAUUAUCUCCGAUUUGCUGUGAUACCUGCACCUCAUUCGCUAAUCGCAAAGCUUGUCGAAGGACAAGAUUUUGCUCUCGACCAACUGUGCCGAGAUAUGUGGGAAAGAUGGUCUGAAAUUAGCUACGCAGAAAAACAAUCCAUAGUGGAUAAGAUGAACUCAUGGCUGUCAAGUGGAGGUGCUUGCUUGAAUCUACCUAUCGGAGAAGCGCUGUUGCAAAUGACAGAAAGAGGCCAAGAGGUGAAUACGUUAUUAGUUAUUGCUAGGGAUUUUAUCCCCCUUUUUUAGCG